AUGUUUAUAUUCAAUGAUAUUGAUGAUUGUGAUCCAAAUCCAUGUCAGAACGACGGCACGUGCACUGAUGAGGUAAACGAUUACACGUGUACUUGUGCUGAUGGUUUCUCUGGGGAAAAUUGUGGAACUGAUAUUGAUGAUUGUGAUCCAAAUCCAUGUCAGAACGACGGCACGUGCACUGAUGAGGUAAACGAUUACACGUGUAAAUGUGCUGAUGGUUAUUCGGGGGGAAAUUGUAAAACUGAUAUAAAUGACUGUGAUCCUAAUCCUUGUCAAAAUGGCGGUACGUGUAGUGAUGGUGUCAAUGAUUACACGUGCAAUUGUCCUUCUGAUUUUACAGGGGAAAAUUGUGAAAUAGACCUAGGUCCGCCAACGUGUACCCGAGACAAUAGCUGUGAUCUUUCAGCCGCAGCUUGUAGUUCAACUAGUAUUGACUGUUAUAUCGAUGAGGAAGAUAAGGUUAUUCCGAAUACUUGGUCAGACGUGUAUGAAUUGUUAGAUAAAAAUGUUGCCACGCCAGCGGAGUGCCGGGCUAUUUGCCUUUCGUAUACAGGGCCUCGUUGUGUCGCGUAUUCGCAUAACCCUGCAUCCAAAAAAUGUUUUCUACACAGUUUCACUCCCUCGGAGGGUCUUGUUACAAAACAAAAGGGUGCCAUGACAUUAUUCGUUCUGAGAUGCAGAGAGUGUUAAAACAUUUCAAAAUGAUUGAUAAAGAAAUUAUUGAUUUUUUUUUAAAUAAAAUGCGUACAUUUGUCUAAAACAUAAUGGAA